UCCUCCAGUGUUUGCUGCUGCGGGAGGUGCUUGGUCGGUCUGCCAAGGGUAGCUCCUGCGGCAGGAUGGCGGCUGACGAUGCAUCGGCUGGUGCAAUGCUAUUGGAUUUUGUCGUGGCUGCAUCGUUGCCACGUUUGGUUGCACUAGCAACCGAUCGUAUUGAUCGUUUGGAUGACUUGCGUCGUGGAAUGGCCGCUUUUCGUGCGGCGGUGGAUUUCUCACGCAAGCUUAUGCUUGUGAGUCCGCUGAUUGAGCUCAUGUUUUCGUCGUCAGGAAUGGGUUCGAUCGGCGGCGGUGAUGUAUCGUAUGCUGCUAGCUCAGCGAGGGACUCCCGCCAUUGGUCAAUCCAUUGCACCUUUUCCACGGACAGCAUGGGCGCUUUGUAUCUGCUGUCGUACGGUGAUGGCCUGGGUGUUGCCUGCUGUGGAGGAGGUGGAGGGACAAGGUUCCGCAUCGUCAUAGAACUGCUUGCGUCUACUACGGGUCGAUGCAUUGCCUCGGGUGGAUAGUCAAAGAUUUGUUUACUACUGGGACGAUACGAGGAGGUGGUAGGCUGCUGCUGCUGCUGCUGUUGCUGUUGCUGGUUUGCAAUUUG